UCAGCCUACAGAAUUGAAGAUGAAAACUCCUGUUCUGUUCGUGGUUGUUGUGGCUGUUCUGAUUGUGACCGAUUCGGCAGAAGGUUUCAAGGGGAAAAAGAAACUUUGCAGUGAUGAGCUGCAUAAAAUGUUCGUUGAAAUUUGUCAACCACCGACUGAAAAAGUACCAGAACGAGAUGCCAAUUCCUUCUUAAAGCCGCUACAACGUCGAGGCUUAGAAGAAGAAUGCUGUCAAGAGACAUGCAGUUAUCAUGAAAUAUGGGAAAAUUGUUGAUGCAUGAAACAAUAAAUGAAUAAAUACUACUGAAAAGUAAUUGUUAA